AUGUUCAGCAUGAAGCAAUCGACGUUUCGACGAGCGACCCUGCUAGCGCUGAUGGCGAUGCUCAUGGUCGAAGCUGCUCCCAUCUCGAGCGUCAGCCCUGCCGCUACCACCACGGCGCACCGUACCGCCCGCGCAUCGUCGCACAGUCGCCACGCAGCAACCUCUUCGCACCCGCCUCCGACGAGCAAGGUGUACGUCUCGCCCACCGCCUCACACACCCAGGGUCAUCCGCAAUCCUCUUCCGCCUUAGUACACACCAGCGCCCCUCAUUUGGCAAACAUCCACUCUGGCGCGUCGCACACGAACGUGCACAUGUCAACCCCACCCCUCGCCCCCACCUCCACCCCGCACCACGCGUCGAACGCAGGCGGCAAGACCGUCAUCAGCAACCCCAUCCCCGGCUCUUCCUGGGAGCACAUCCGUCAGAUUCUGCUGAUUCCACUUUCGAUUCUUGUCGUGCUGAGUUUUCUGACGGGCGUGAGCAUGUAUGUGGCUGCGACGUGGGGAAGUGGCGAGGGGUGGUUUGGGCGGCCUGUAGAGGAGGUGGUGGGGGAGAAGGGGCAGACCAUCGGGGGUGUUCCCGCAGCAAGGGAGUUCCCGGCUGAGAAGAAGGAGGUGGCGAAGGGAGAGGCGGUGGGAGAGAGGGAGAAGGAGGCGGUGGGAAGGACGAGUACCGGUAGCGGAGUGUUUCGAUUCAGAGUGCCUUCACUUGACGGGCCUCCUCGCGAUCCAUGA